GGGAAAAGCCGAAAGAAGAAGAUCUUGGGUUAAAACUGAAAAAUGUACAGUGAGGCCACUGAUCUAUGAAUAAAUACAUAAGUGAGAGACUACUCUUUCAAUACAGAACGUCAGGACGACUAAUCGUAACAAGAUUCAUUUGAGAAGAAGUUUACAGAAUACUGUCCUAAGGGUUUGAAUUUCAGCAGAUGCGCACUAGGGAGAACUAAUAAUGUACAUUUAUGACGUGUUUUAGGAGGAGGACGAAGAGGCGGAGAGUGACAGUCAAACACGUGGUGGAGGUGUACCCUAGUUACUGGAGUUUUUCUUGGAUUAAUUCUUGCACUACUGAAUUACGUGUUUUAAAUAAUUUAAAUAUGUUCAUUCCCCUUGCAAGUCAUAUAAAAUGGUUACAGCUUUAAGGAUGAUUUACACUGACCAGCCGUAUUAGUAUCAAGCAGAAUUUUCAACAUGUAGGAUACAUUUGUUUACAUAGUAUGCUGCCUUAAAGAUAAGACUCUGAAUUUUACUACACUUAUACUGUACGCGAACGUUAUUUAGCAUAUCGAGCUUUCAAUCACAUCUUGGUCAUGUUAAGCUUUGGAAGGACCUAAUAAUAUAUCCAGCAGAUUGGGGGAUACGGUCAUAAAAUCACAGAGUUUAGAUCACACAUUACUACCUCGUUAAGUAGCAGUGCACUUAAAUAAACAUUAAUAUGGCGGCGCCCAUCGGAAGACGAAUAUUGCAGUUGCCUAGCGCAUUUCGGGCGAUGGCUUUGAGGCCAAGAGGAUUUUUUAAUACUCCAGGAUUAAGAAGAUUCUGCAAAGCUGCUGGUAGUAACCCUCAUAUCUGUAUUGUUGGCAGUGGCCCAGCAGGUUUCUAUACUGCCCAGCACUUAUUGAAGCAUCACAAAUCUGUUCAGGUGGAUAUCUUUGAGAAACUGCCUGUUCCCUUUGGUCUGGUCCGGUUUGGUGUUGCCCCAGACCAUCCUGAAGUGAAGAAUGUGAUCAAUACGUUUACUCAGUCUGCUCAACAUGAUCGCUGCUCAUUUUAUGGUAAUGUUACAGUGGGUAAGGAUGUAACGGUGGAGGAACUGAGACAAGCAUAUCAUGCUGUUGUUCUGAGUUAUGGGGCUGAAGAUAAUCGGCAUCUUGGAAUUCCUGGUGAAUCUCUGUCUGGAGUAUAUUCUGCCCGAGCAUUUGUUGGAUGGUACAAUGGAUUGCCAGAAAACCAGGAUCUAAAUCCUGACUUAAGCAGUGAGACCGUGGUGGUUUUGGGUCAGGGGAAUGUGGCCCUUGACGUUGCUCGGAUUCUUCUCUCCCCAGUUGAUUUACUGCAGAAAACUGACAUCACCAGUACCUCUCUGGAUGCCAUAGCUGCUAGUAAGGUAAAGAGAAUCAUUCUUGUUGGACGUAGAGGACCUCUUCAAGUAGCUUUCACUAUUAAGGAGCUGCGUGAAAUGAUUAACUUACCUGGCACCAAACCUAUCCUUAAUCCAAAUGACUUUGAGGGACUCAAGGAUGAAAUCAAAGAUGUCCCCAGGCCUAGGAAGCGAUUGUCAGAGCUGAUGAUCAAGACAGCUCUGGAGAAACCUUCAGGAAAGGAUGCUGAGCGAUGGGCAACUUCAUGCAAAGAAUGGGUUCUAAAGUUUCUUCGGAGCCCUGUAGAAGUUUUACCUAGUGCUGAUGGCACACAUGCUGCUGGGAUACGGCUAUCUGUAAACAGAUUACAGGGUUCAGGAGAGCUAGCAAAACCAGUAAUGACAGAAGAAACUGAAGAUAUCAGAUGUGGACUUAUCCUCAGCAGCAUUGGCUACAGAAGUCUCCCAAUUGACCCAGCAGUACCAUUUGAUAUGAAGGAAGGUAUCAUCCCAAAUGAAAUGGGAAGGGUCAGCAGCUUACCAGGUCUGUACUGCAGUGGUUGGGUGAAACGAGGUCCUACAGGUGUCAUCAUUACAACGAUGAAUGACAGUUUUGACACAGCACAUGCCAUACUGGAGGACAUUGACUCUGGAGUUCUGAACACUUCUACUGCUAAACAGGGUAUUGGAGCUCUGAGACAGUUACUCCAACAGAAAGGAGUUCAGCUUGUCUCCUUUUCUGACUGGGAGAAGAUUGACACUAAGGAAGUGGCACAAGGCAAACUGCUUGGCAAACCUAGAGAAAAGCUAAGAGAUUUGCAGGAAAUGAUCCACGUGGCACAUCAAUAACAUUAGAGACUACUGGUUUUAGAAUACUGCUGGGCUAGUUUUUGUAAUACUGUGAAGCUGCACAGAUUUCCCUCAGUUGUUUCAGACCUGGAUUAUUAUAAUUAACAAAUGUUUGGACUUUGAGGCCUACUGCUUUCCAUUUUGAAUCAUUCAGUUGUCUCUCUUAGUACAUCCUUUGAUGCUGUUCAAUGAAUAUAACUUGUACUAACUGUGUUUUCAAUGUUUUUUCCUUUAUAGAGCACUGUGUUUCUAGUUCUCUUCUAGGAGACCUUUACAAACUGUUUGACUGUUUGCUUUGUGGUAUUCAGUAUCAACAGAUAUAUCAAAAAGAUUUUUAACUUCCAUUUUGGUACCAGUAGUUAAGUAGUUUGGAAGCAUAUUUGGAGUUAAUAUGCUGAAGAGUAGAUUAAAAUAUUUGCACAUUCCUGCGUUUGCCCACAUUCCAGGAGCCCCAGUUUCCUCCCACCUCCCAAAUCCUGCAAAUAGGUGAAUUAAUUAUUAGAAUGUUCACAGGAUUUUAUGAGUUUGUGUAUGCACCUGCACAUGCUAUGUAUGUUAGUGUGUGGAUGUCUGUGUACGUGUGAGCUACAGUGGACUGACGUCCCAUCCAGUACUGCUUCUUGUCUUACAACUACUGCUCACUGAGAUAGACUGCUUUGCAUCACCCUGAACUAGAUAAGUGGUAUAAAAUCAAUUUUUGUAUUAAGUAGUAGUAUUUGUUUAGUGGAUUGCAUACUUAACUCUGAUGCUCAAAAAUUGCCUAUUGAGAUAGAAUGUUUCUGCUGAAAUUCUAGAAAAAUGUGAAUGGGAGGCCACUGUUUUACCAUGCCAAAUUGCAUCUUAAAUGAAAUUCCAUAUCUUUUAUAGUCAUUGUGAAUAAUAUCACCCCAGAAUCUGAAAAAAGAGGUUAUUGGAGCAUUUUUUAUUAAAACUACAACUUGUACCUGAAGUUCUUACAAAUAUAAGAAAAAAAUCCAAGUGUAAAAAUAGUAGUAAAAUUAUGGCUAUGAAAACUGAUACUAGAUUACAAUCUUUGAAUAUGAAAACUGAUAUUAGGCUGCAGUUUGUUCCAUUUGUAGUUGUUGGCAUAUUAACAGCACUCACAUGGUGAACAUGUUGUUUACCAGGAGCAAAGUGAUCUUUUUUGUCUUUAUUCCCCUCCCCAUGGUUUGUUUUUUUCAUCUUUUUUUUCACCCCUAUUUCUUAAGUUUAAUCGGCUCUGAGAUUGCAAUACAUCAGAUGAGUACAUCGGCAUUUCAGCUGCAUGCAGAGAUGCAGUACUUCUGAUCGGGUUUUCACUGCCAGGCCUAGAUGCUUAGUAAAGAUGGCAGGGAGGGCAGGAGUGAGUUGCCAGUGUCAGAUCACGUCUUGAGGGAGGGAGGGAGGUUGUUGGCUCACUGCACUACUGACAUUUCUUUUAGGCUGGAUAUGAGCAGCAAAAGAGCUGAGAAAUAGAUGCUUUAGUUUGCUAAGCAGUAUUUAGUGCUGCAACUGGCUUCAUUGUGUGCUGAUGCACGUCCGGAAUAUUUAAAAAAAAAAAAAAAAAAAACUUUUAACUCCUGCCAGAUGAUCAUCAUCCUCCCCAAGUAGUAUCUUCAGUUGCUGGAGGGAUGGGGUAAAAAUGGAACAAGUCAGUGACAAUGGUUUGAAGUUAUGGGAAGACAGACAGAGAAAAAUAAAGUAAAAAAAUUAAAUCAACCCAACUUUUAUAAUGCUGUUAAUUUUACCUUUGUUGAAAUUAGCCAUCAGUCCAAAUGGGCUUGGUCACUUUAUAUAGUCCCUUUCCUGCUGUUGUGGCUCAUAGUGUAUUUAAUUCCAGGUCUUUGAUAUAAUGUCUGUUUCAUUUCUUGGGCCUCCAGUGAAAAUGGGCUCUGAAUUGGCCCCAGUGGACUCUCCUGGUAAACAAAAUGCAAAUAAAUAAAAUAAAUAUUUUUUACUUGUAAGAAGCAGAAAAUAUAAAUGCAAGCAAAAAGUACAUCUGUAAUGUACAAAAUGAUGUAUACAUAUUGUUCCCUAAUAGAAACAUUAACAUCUUUAAUAUCAAACAUGAAUAUAAAAUAGACUUGGAAACAAACAUGCAGUUGUGUUCAUGGCAGAAUUAAUUAUUUUCAGUCUAGCAUCUAACAACACAUAGAAUUGAUAUUUAUUUUGCUACAAGAAAAAGGACUGUUAAUACAUAGGAGUGUUGAAGAUCAUUAUGCCAAGUGUAAAGAUAACUUUUUAAUAAUGGGAAAUGCAUAUUUCAAGCAAAGGAAAGCAUUUUCUGAAAAUCAGCAGUCUGCUGUUAGCCACCACAUAAGGAGAAUGGGGUGCUUCGAUUCCCUUAGCAGUGCAGUGUUCAGGUACAGUGUAGCAAAACCUGGAACAGGCACCCCCUGUUUAAUGUUAAGUGCUGUAACAGUCUGGAUGUGUUUAUGAAAUCACUUUAACUUGACUCUGAAAUCUAUAUUUAUGAUAGUUAUUUCUUUAUGUAAUUGUAAAUUAUUACCAAGCUGAAUUAAUCACUCAGCCAAAACUUGAUUUGUAUUGGUUUAUCCAUAGAUUUCUUUGCACUUUACUGUCUUCCUUGAAGAUAUUAAACUGAUUUCCCUGUAUUGUUGAAAAAGUUAAGCCUGGAUAUAUAGCAAUUAUCUAAAUGCUUUACCUGAAUUGUUGUAAAAAUUUAAGCCUGAAAAAAAAUAUAUAUAUAUCAGUUUACAUCA